CACUCUCUCCCACAGCUUGGUAGAGCCCACGCGAAAGUAAAAACUUAUCAAUAGCCUUAUGAAGGGACAAGACAUUUUUGCCAGCGAUUUGGCCUACGGUGUUUUUGGGAACGUGCUUUCUUCCCCUUUUAUAUAGUAUUGCAUUCACAGGAGGUAUCAGGUUGGGUAUUUGUCUUCCUUUGAGAUGGAGUAUAUCAUUUGCGCUCGUGCUCGUCAGGUCUAUCAGAUAACGGGACGUAAAGAUGGGGUACGACACCAGUUGCUCUCUUUAAAAUAGGACCCGAGCGCUGGACAAUGACCCCCCGCAGCCUGUCGGAAUGCCGUUUCUUUCCGAGUGCACAAGGGCCACGCGACAGAUGGCCACAUCAUAAGCGACUGUGAUACUCCAUUGACACCAUUGCACUAAACCUGGACCAUAACUUUGCAGAUCUGAUGGAUUUAAAGAGGGUGUUGUCUUUCCCUCCAUAUCCAGGGGAUUAUCUGCACCCAGUGGUGUACGCCUGCACUGCAGUGAUGUUGCUUUGCCUUUUGAUUUCGAUCAUGACGUACAUUGUACACCACAGCAUAAUCCGAAUCAGCAGGAAAGGUUGGCACAUGCUCCUAAACUUCCUCUUCCACACUGCCGUGACGUUUGGAGUUUUUGCAGGAGGCAUCAACCAGAUCAAGUACCCCGUAAUCUGUCAAGUGGUUGGCAUUAUCUUGCACUACUCCUCCCUCUCUAGUAUGCUAUGGUUGCUGUUCACUGCCAGGAAUAUCUGCAAAGAGGUGUCAAAGGCUCCGCCCAUACCUCAGGACAGGGACCCCCCCACACAACCACGCCCUAAAGCCACUAUUAUCAGGUUUUAUCUUGUCAGUGUUGGGGUACCCCUUAUAAUUGUGGGAGUUACGACUGCUGUUAGCUUGGACAACUACGGUAGCAGAGAUGAAGCCCCAUAUUGCUGGAUGGCCUGGGAGCCCAGUCUGGGAGGCUUCUACGGUCCAACAGCCUUCUUGGUCUUGGUCAUGUGCAUUUACUUUCUCUGCACAUUCGUGCAGCUAAAGCGGCACACGGAGCGCAAGUACGAACUGAAGGCGAUGACAGAAGAACAGCAGCGUCUUGCAGUAGCAGAAAUCGGCCACUGCCAUGCAGUCAGCGGAGAGCCAGGCGAGCACGGCGAGCAUACGGGCUGCACAGCUAUCACUGCCUCCAUGUUGGCCAACGAACACUCUUUCAAAGCUCAGUUAAGAGCCACCGCCUUCACACUUUUCCUCUUCCUGGCCACCUGGGUAUUCGGAGCCCUGGCUGUAUCACAGGGACAUUUUCUCGACAUGAUCUUCAGCUGUCUGUACGGAGCGUUUUCCGUCACGCUGGGGCUCUUUCUGCUCAUUCAGCACUGCGCGAAACGCGACGACGUCUGGCAUCGCUGGUGGGCUUGUUGCCCCAAUAAACCAAAGGUGGAGGUAAACGGUGAAGCAAAUGGGAACGCUGGCCCACCCUCCCAAAGUCACAGCCAUACACCAUCCCACGGGCAGAACCAAAUCCACUUCCAGGUGGACUCAUCCUGCCCGGGUAAACCUCUACUCUCCCCGCACCUCCACUCCCCAUCACUGCAUUGUAAAUUGGGUACCCUUCCAUCCACCCAGAACCUCACGAGCACCUGCUGUGCCACCUUGCACAGUCCCUCCCCAAUGCUAGGGAACUCCCGCCCACACUCUCUCCCUGACGAACUACCCCGCCCAACCCUUCCCCUGCAAAGCUGCCUAAAGGACAGGUCAAAGACUCGAUCCUUCAACCGACCUCGCCCCUGCCUCAGGGACUACUCGUGCCACAUGACCUCCACCAGCCUGGACGGUAGCAUGCAUAGCUCCCACCUGGACAGCCCUCACAGCAUCCACCUGGACAACCCCCUCACCUGCCACACCUCACAUUUGGAUACUCUGCUUUCCUGUCACAGCCCCCACCCCGACAACCAGCUGCGAUGCCCCAGCCCAAGUCCUCGCCUCGAGAACCUGGCCUCGCACGGCCUGCACGACGGCCUUUCCUGCCACUUAGACAGUCAGCUCUCCUGCCACAGACACAUGAGCUGUGCCAAUGUAGACCUGUUCUCAAGCAUGUGCUGCCCCAAUGUUGACCCCUAUGUCAGUUCUUGCCAGGCAGAGGAUACUGACACAGGGCCGUUGAUGUACAAUUGUGCCAAGAUGGCCCAAAAAGAGGAGGAGGCUAUGCUGCAUUUGGAUAUGGCCCCUCCACGGGCAUCUCUGUCUUGCUCCCAGGCCAUGCUCAACAGGAAGGGCACCCUCAGCCGGAGAGGGACAUUGAGCCGGAACAGCAGUCAACAUGAGGACUAUGGGCUUACCUCUGAUUCCACAGGUAACAUUAGGACUGGACCUUGGAAAAAUGAGACCACUGUGUAGGCCUGUUUCUUGCCUGAGCUAAACUACUGUGUAGUCCCAGGGCUGUUACCCAGAAGCCCUCUCUCCUCUUGAGCUAAGCUACUGUGUAGUCCCUCUGCUGUGACUGUCUUCACCACCGUAUCUCAUCUGUCACUAAAACUUCUCUUCCCCUUUAAGGAGGCAUUAAAACCUCUGCUUAGCUGUUCUCUGAUGUAAUGUCGCCAUUCAUCUCGGCUUCAUUUGGUUUUAUCCUCUCAUCAUUUUGAAGUGACAGCAAAGAACACGUGCCAUGCUUUUUUAUUUAGAUGAUCUUUUUUAAUCAAACUGAUUUUUGUACAUGUAUGUGAUUUGGAUUACAUAAUGUGCAAUUAUGUCAUUGUGAAUGUGUGUGUGUUUAGUUUGGGAGAAAAGAGUGCAUGUCUUUAUUUGUCUGCACGUGUUGACACGCUUGUGUGCAUAUCACAAGAUUUCCAUUUAUUCCUCUCUUGAGGUACCCAAAUCUUCCACAUUUCUGGGUCACGUUAAAAAUGUCAUCAAGUGGGGGAAACACCAGCACUUUUCAUUAACAGAUUUUCACUAUUAAAGAAAGCUGUGAUAUAUAACUCGGGAGAUUGAACAAAGCAUUUAAUUUUAAAUUCAAGCCUUCUGAUUUACGUGCCAAAUAUUACAAUAUUAAAACAGAUCAUUUCAUGCUGAGAAAUGCCCUAUAGUAGCAGGUAGAAUGUGUCACAACUGAGCGUUAGUUUUUUCAUCUACAGACAUAAAAACAGCAAAUAUUCUCCCUGUGUUUCCAUGGUGACAAAUCGCGGAGAGAGUUUUCCCAGCCAAAAUGCAUUUUGAACUGCACAUGUGAUGUACGCACACAGCCUAUUUGGUUACUGACAAUUUGGUGCCAGUUAUGUUACGUUUACAUUAAAGGGACGGUUCAGGCAAAAAUAAUUUACUCACACUCGAGUUGUUCCAAAACUGUAGAAAUGUCUUUGUUUUUUAUGAACCGCUGUGAUGUCAUCGUUAAUAUUCGUUACUAUUUAUCACGUUUAAUAAAAUCUUUAGUGAGGAUGACUGGCAAAGACUGGCUCAUGAAUUCUAAGACUAGAGUCACGAGACACCACACACUGAACGAUUUUAUCUAAACAACGCGUCGCCUUGGAAUUAUGAGGUUCUAUCUGUGGUCUGAGAGUUUUGAGAAAUUGAGCUUUAAAGUUUUUGGAUUUCAUUUAGCAAAAAUUAUAUGAGGAACAAAUAUCUUUUAUACAUGAAAAAGACUGAGACCCUUAUUGUAUUCAAAAUGUACAAUAUCAACAUUUUCUGAAAUUUGUAAAUGUUUUUUUUUUUGGAACAGGUCAAAGCAGAUAGAACCUUCUGAUUCUGAAAAAUCACUUUUGGUUUAGAAUUAUAAGGUUUUAUCUGCAAAACAUUAAUUAAGGCAAUACAUUUUUUUAGGAACACAAACAAUUUACUUUGUUAUACAUAUUACUUUUAACAUAAAAUUAUUGUAUAAUAAUGUGUAAAAAAGGUACAUUUACAUGUUUUUUAUGACACUUAUUUCAUAUUUUAGAAGGCUUUUUUCUUGUUCAAGUUAAGCGUAUAAGGCUGUGCUAAUUGUUGUAUCGAUGUUUUAUCCACAGAAGGUGGGGAAGCUAUUAGGAAGCUAGCGCUGCUGGCUAGUGUUGUCUAUAAAUAUAAAAAACGAAUCUCCUCUACUAAACCUAAAACGCAACAAAAAUACUGUCGUUUGAGCUGCUCUCAUUGACAGGAGCAUGAAUGAAACCUUGAGGUUUCUUUUAAACAUUGUUUUGCUGCAUUGUUUCCUCAGAUAUUCCCCUGUCACUGAAGAGUCCGUUCACAUGACAAAGAAAGCUGAUUGGUGCUAAUGUGUGCAUUCAAAGAGCUGUUUGGCGCUUGCAUAUAGAACCUUAUAGCGCCAAAUUAUAAUUAGAUUGUGUAGAUAGAAUCUUUUUGUUUUCUUAUAAAAAGUCCCAAAAUGCACACGUAUAAAAAAACAGCCAUAAGGUAAAUAAGUGCUCACAGAAUAAAAAUAUGUGAAUAACUCAAUUUUGACCAAAAUGUCAGAUUGAACCUUAUAAUUCUAAGGCGACGAACGACUGAGCACAACUGGAACAGAAUAGACACGAUUGUUGGUUAUGAUGAAAUUCCAUUCAUAGUCAUAGUGAAAAUUGUUAAAUGUGUACCCAGCUUUAGAAACGUAUACAGAUUUGGAACAAUUUGAGGAUGAGUCAAUGAAGACAGAAUUUUAGUUUUUGGGUGAACUGCUCCUUUAAUGGCCUUACAGAAAUCGUCAUGUCCUUAUGUUAUGUAUUAAAUUGUUGUUCACAAUAAUAUAGGACACAUUAUUUGCUACACUGAGCUAAAGACAUUAAUGUGAUUGACAGAAAAACAUCUUUGCUUCCUGGAAACACUAGCGCUUCUAGUGACCUUACUUGUCAUUCCUCAUUAUACGUGUUGGAAGCCAAUUAAGGAGAGUUUUACUUCUGACAUUUUAAUAAAUGAGACCGUUUCUCAUUAAGAGUUUGUAUCUUGCCACUGUGCACACACAGAAAUAAGUUUUUAAAUCAUGUGUCGUCUUAACAGCAAGCUGUGAAACUAGCUUGUGGAUCUUGUGGAACUAAUUUCAGUGCUCAUCUGGUCUAGCGGUAAGAGAGUUGGACUAGUACUCAGAAGGUCGCUGGUUCAAUUCUCAGUGCCACCAGGAAAUGACUGAAGUGCCCUUGAGCAAGGCACCUUACCCUUAUUUGCUCUGCAGUGAUAACUGCACUGCACCCUACUUGUAAGUCGCUUUGGAUAAAAGCGUCUGCCAAAUGAAUAAAUGUAAAUGUAAAUGAGAUGGUCUAAAACCGUGGGAUUUUGUUUUUCAUUCAGAAUACCAAAAGAAGUACUGAAGUCAUGCGGACAUUUGGAAGAUUUUUUAAUUGUGUUGUGUUUCUUUGUGACCUCAGGGAUUGUGUUGCAGUUUUCACUAAUGAAAUCACACAAAAAUAAAUUUGCAUGCAAUUGAUAUAAUAUCCCAGAGUGUUUCACCAAAUUAUCCAAGAACUUAAAAAAAGGAAAUGCCCCGCAUCUACCAAGCCAUGCAGGUUUGUAGCAUGUGGAUAAGUUCUCCCUUAAAGCCCUGACAAAUGAAAUUUGUCUACCUGCCUUACCAUAUGUUGUACUUUAUAUUUACUCACCUGACCCACCUGUCAUUUAUAGCAUUUGAGAGAGCAGCAGUCAUCUUGGUCAGUACAUGUGAUUUGUGCUCCUCUGACCUGACCCAAAGGCAGUUUUUUUUUACAUUUGUCACAAUUUCCAAUAAAUGUAUUUU